AUGGCUUGGCCUAUGUUGAUCCCUCCGUUUGCCGAAGAUGCCGACGGACCAGUGUCUGCCCGCUGGGAGAAAUGGCGUGAACAUUUUGAAGCAUACCUAGCAUGGAAGGACGUUGACAAUCAGGAGGAAAAAUUCAAAUCCCUGAUGAUGUUCGGUGGACCAGACAUCCGGAAAGUGGUCAAGCAAGUUCAUGUUGACGAAUCACACGCUAUGGAGAACCGGUACCACAUUGCCAUGUCAAUGUUGGACGAUUACUUUGUACCGAGACUCUCGAAAACGUUCGAACGUCAGAAGUUCCGCGAGAUGAAACCAGCUGUAGGUGAAAAGUUUGACACUUUUGUCAUCAGACUGAGAAAGCAGGCAGCCUACUGUGAUUUUGGAGAUCAGCUGGAAAGCAUGGUAGCUGACCAAAUUAUUACAACUACAACGGAUGUGAGUCUGAAGAGGAAGUGCCUGGAAAAAGACUUUAACUUCAAGGAGAUCGUAACGAUCGGUCGUACCCACGAGUCUGUUCAAAUACAGAUGAGCGAUUUGGACAAUCGGAACGGAAACUUACAAAAAGUCAGCGCUGUCGAAACGGAGGCCAAUGAAGAGUCAAUUUUGAAGGUACGCUCCAAACUCGGAGGACCAAGGCGGUUCAGAUGUUUCCGAUGCAAUGGCAGACAUGAUUCGAAAGAUCCAUCGUGUCUAGCCAAAUCACUCGAAUGCAGAAGUUGUGGUCAAGUGGGACACUUUUCCCGCUGCUGUUUUCUAAAAACGAAGAAGACCAACGGACAACAAAGAUGUCGGGAUGCUUCACCAGUGAUGGACAUUUAUUGA